GCUCGUAGAAUCGUGAUAAUUGAAAGAUGGUGGACGAUGUAUCAUUGAUGAGCAAGUUUCUAUUUGGACUUAAAAUUGCGUGACUGUUAAUAUGUUUAGAUUUCAGUGUUUGUCCGAACGGGGAUUUUACUAGUGGAAUAAUCUUGUUUAGUGCAUUUACUGCAGCCAACAUUAAUAAUGCGUGAGUUUAAAGUUGUCGUUCUCGGCUCGGGUGGAGUUGGUAAAAGUGCGCUUACUGUUCAGUUUGUUUCUGGAUGUUUUAUGGAAAAAUAUGACCCUACCAUUGAGGAUUUUUACAGAAAAGAAAUCGAGGUGGAUAAUUCUCCUUGUGUAUUAGAGAUUCUUGAUACCGCUGGUACGGAGCAGUUCGCAAGCAUGCGAGAUCUGUACAUAAAAAAUGGCCAAGGAUUUGUUGUCGUUUACAGCCUAACGAACCACCAGACGUUUCAAGACAUCAAAACGAUGAAGGAACUAAUAACGCGAGUUAAAGGUUCGGAAAGAGUACCUAUUUUGUUGGUAGCAAACAAAACGGAUCUUGAACAUCAAAGAGAAGUGCCAACCCCAGAAGGACAAAGUUUAGCACAAAGUUGGGGGUGCCCAUUUGUAGAAGCCAGUGCCAAAAACAGGACAAAUGUGAAUGAAAUGUUUGCGGAAAUAGUGAGAGAGAUGAAUUUUAGUCCAGAAAAGGAGAAGAAGAGUUAUUGUUGUUGUACAGUGCUUUAAUAAGUGUCGAUACGAAUAGUGUUAAGGCCUACUUUAUCCCUGGAUAUCAAAUGUGCAAAAAGUGAUUGGAUUAUUGGAUAACACCCUUGCUUUGUGCCUGGUCGACUGAAGAACCUACCUAUUGGCUAUUGGUGCAUCUCUGAUUGAACGUCCUCAGACCUCACCGUAAUUAUCACCACAAUGCACUAGCAUAAUUAAAUCAAAAUUAGUAUCUUAAGGAUUUUAUGUGUUUCAAUAGUGCUUCAUGAGUUUGUUGUCUCCAUAUCCUUAAAAUUAAAUAUAUAAAUGGUUUUAAUUAGAUUUCACACAGUAAAUAUAAGCCAAUUGAAUUGAAAAUAACUUUAUUCAUAAAUCAUACAAGUAUGUACAUUGAAUGGCGUCAAAAUUCUUAAACUACUUAAACUAACAACAUAAUAUCAGCUGUACAGUUCAUCAAAAUUAUACAGUACUUUUUGUGUUAAGUAUAUUUUAAGCUGGGUUUUAAAUUUUUUUACAAUCCUCAAUUUUCCUCAACCACUCUGGAAGCCCUUCCAAAAAUUUUCUUCCAGCACAUGACGGUUUUUUGUUAUAAAAUAUAAAAUUCCAAUCUAUGGGCACCAACAGCAAUUUUGUUUCUAUGCCGGGUGCCAUAUUCAUGGUUAUCCCCUAGUUUUGGUAACAUACUUUCAGACAAAAGAUUUUUAGUUAAAAGAACGGUAUGGAAAACAUAAAUGCCAUGCCGUUCACAGUCAUUAUACCCAUGGCUAAGAAAUGAUCACGUACGGAAACAUCCCGUCUCCAACUCCUUUUUUUCCUAUUUACUUAGCAAUAUCAGCUUUUCUAGAGAAAUGUGUUAUCUUACCACAUCAAUAUUGAUGUUGGUUUGUGUGAAAAGUAGCCUAAUAAUUCAAUUUUGUUUGCAUUUAACUAUAAUUUAAGAUUCAGAUUUUAUUUUGUAUUUUUAUAUAAUUCUAUUUGAAACUGUUAGAUCAUUUAUGAAUAAAAUAUUACGAGGCUUUCCCUUUUUAGUUAUCCAUUUACUUUUAGAUGCUGAAGUAUAUUCCAUCUGGACCAGCUGACGCCGUUUACAUAGUUCAAUGAGCCAGUCACAGAAUGCGCUAAUGUUUCUACCUUUCAGUUAGACUUGAUUGUGUUGCAGUAAUGCACAUUAGUGGUUCGAUUCAACUAGGUCAAUUUCAAAUUAAAACUGGCCACAACUUUAACAUAGUGAUAGAAUGUCUAGUUGUUUUAAUAGUCAAAGGUAUAACAUAUUAGUUAGCCUUGUUUUGUUUUAAACUCUACAGUAGUGUGUUAUUUUUUUAUAAAUGCCAUAUCAUACACUAGAGUAUAUUUUGAAGUCAAUUAAAAUUUUAACCCUUGAGAAGAAGGUAAAAAGAUUAUUUGGCCUAGUAUUAAAGAUUUUCCGAUUUGUAAAAACUAGGUAUUUUGGGACAAAUUGCUAAAAAAAAUAUUACUUGUGUUAUAUUUCUGUUUGUAAAUUGCUUUUUUUAACCCAUUUCAAUCCCAAACAUGUUUAACCCCUCUUAGUGUGGUGUGAUUAUACAUUUUUAUGGUUAGAGGGGACCCUUGCGCAGAUUGCACAUUUUUAUAGGAUUUGAUUCCGAGCCAAAAUUAAUAACACAGUAGUAUUUUUACUUUUUAAAGUUUCUAUUUGUUUGAGACAGUUAUUAGGUUAUCAAAUAUAACCUAAUACCUAAUAUAUGACCUUAGGUACGCUACUACUAAUUUUCAAUAAAUUAAUUUUGCUGCUUUUAGAUCUACAACAUGAAGAGCGAAUUUCCUACCUCAAUCAGGUCCAUUUUCAUAAACUUUUUUGUCUCUUGUUUAAUCUGACUGUGGUUAAAAAUUCAACUAAAAAAUCAGCUGUUCUCAAUCAAAACGUUAUAAAGAAAGUUUGUCAGCAUCACUGAAUCUUAGAAAGCAAAAUCUAAAACUAAUGUUAUUAAAAAUAAUGAAGGCAUUGAUUCAGCUUAUCAAGACCGAAUUAUUAUCUCUUGCAUAGUCAAAUUUCACCAGAAAUAGCUUUAACCCCCCCCCCCUCAAUCACACUUAAAUUUCAAAUUUUGUAAAACCCCGUCUUAUUUCACAUCUACACCAUACCAUAUACCAUAUAGGGGAGUCCUCUGCCAAAUUUGAUUAUUCUAGGUCAAGUUAUAUAAAUAUUAAAUUAAUUCUUACUUGUAAAAUGUUACAGAUAAACAACAAAACAAACAUUUUAGUUUCGAAACAAAGUUAUUAUUAAUUUACGAAGAUCAUAAUGUUUUUGAACGUUUGUUGAGCGCAAGUUAAUAACCUUUUCCUACAGUUACCUGACAAAGCGGGCUUCCUUGCAUUGAUUAUAGUACGUAAAUUAGCUAAUUGCUGCAUUUACUUACUUUUAACACACAUCUUUUUUUGUUGCACUCCAGUACUCCAUCCAAACAACACAAAACCGUGUGCUUUUGUAAGGCACGCUACAUGUACGCUUAAAAAUAAGUUGGCAACACUUGAAGUUACUACUAGGCCUAUUACGAUCAGCUGGUCUGCAGUGUUUCCCAUUUUGUUCAACGCUUGGAUUUAACCUAACCUAUAACAUGUUGUUUAGUGUUGGAAAGACUAAUUAUUUCUAUGCUUUAUAGUAACUGUAGGAAAAAUAAAAUGUGUAAGGCGAGUGCAAAGUACUUUUGCUGCACUCAAGAAACUUUCCACGCUCGCCUGUGACUCGUGUGUAAACAUUUCGUUCACGUGCAGCAAAGUGCCACUUCGCACACUAGUUACACAAAUAACUAAUUUCUACCCUGCAUGGAAAUGAUCAGAUUUCCGUACCUGUAUAUAAUAUGUAAAAUAGCUCAUUCCCACUUGCUAAAUCAGCUGAUUUCCCAGUUAACGUUUCUAGACUAACCACAGCAGCUGCGGAUCCGGUAUGUUUAGUUAACAAUCUGUAAUAAAUAACAUACCAGUAAUCUUUGAAAAGUAAAUAUAACUUAACCUAAAUGACAUUUUACAUACAUCUAAAAAGUUAAUCUGCGUUAACCAUGAUAAUAUAAUUUCAAAACCCUAUAACAUCCUGUUCCCAUGACCAGAUCUUGCCUAUCUUUUUAAUGUAUUAAAUUAAAUUCCCUGCUCAAUUCUUUGUUAAUACAGUAAUUAUUUAUUGGGAAUGGAAUGGGUUAAAUACACUGUGUUGUGAAAUUAUGCCACUUUAUAUAGCUCUAAACCGUGAACUGUGAUAUUUUAUUUUAACCCUUUUAAAAAUCACUUUCUUCAAUUAGUUGUUAUUUAGGUACAGUUUUUGUAAUAUUAAAAAACAUAACUAAUUUGGUUAAAGCUGGUAAUCUUAUCCGUAUGAGAGGGGAUUAUAAGUCUUAGACUGUACUAUUGUGUAUUAAAUGAGAUCAAAUUACAUACUGUAUACUUGCUUGUGGAAUAAUAUCUAUCUAAAGACUGAGUCUAAAGGUAAAAAUUUUAAAUUUGGUUUGCAUUGAGUUUGUGUAAUCCAUAAUGUAGCCUAUUAGAUUAUCACUAUACAGUUUUUAGUCAGUGUAUUUGAUUGUAAAUUAUAUUAGAUAGGCCUAUAAAAGUUUUAUAAAUAUUAUUUAUGCAUGCCAGUGUUGUAACAUUGCUUCAAAAUAUUAUCAAUUUUAUUUUUUGAGAUUAUUUCAUAAUGUACCACUUUGUGUUUUGGAUUGAAGUGCAUGUUUAUUUAAUCAUUUAUGUUAUUGUGUCAAGUUGUAUAAUCAGUCCUGUUAUAUAAAUUGUACCCUGAUGAGAUUAUGAGAAUAACAGUUAUAUGGUUUUGUGUUGGACAGUUACCCAUUAUUUUCUCUUGAUAACAGAAUGGCCUAAUAUGUAUUAAAUGAAUGUAUAAUUGUUGUUUUUUUCUUUUGUUGUGAUUUGGUGGAAUCCCUUGUUCAGUUUUUUAAGUCUUUUUAAACUUAUGCUCUGUUUCUCAUUUGCUAUUCGUUGUAAUUAUCUGCCAAAUAAUAUGUUCUGUGUGGUGAUUAACCAAAGAAACAUUCUAGUUUCUAUUAUUAAACAGGCCUAUCACCAGUAUGACUUUUUUAUCUAAGCUGCACCCAUGUAAAUGUUAAAGUAAUAGGUAGCAUCUGUGCUGUUUAAAUGAUUAACUUAUUUAACUGUUCUACAGGAUCUCCUUUUAAUAUUUGAUAUUCUUUUAUAUAUACAAAAUGUAACUGAUAAAUCAAUUUACAAUAUUUUUUGUGGAUAUUGAAUAUAAAUCAACUAACUGUUUUGUGCUCUGCUUUCAGCAUAUCUUACCACUUUUAUAUAUGUUUUAUAUGAGUAUAAUAUAAAUAUGUAUCCUCUGUAAAUAAGCAAAAACCAAUUUUUAGAUGUAAUGUUUAUGUACAUUUUGUAAAGAGAGGAGGGUUUGUAGAGUCCCCUUACCGGCUUUCCUUACUAUAGAGGCUGUCUUCGGACAUUUUUGAUGUUUGGACGUAAAAUUCAACUAUAUGUAUUUGUUAGGAGCCCUCUUAUGAUGUAUCAUAUGAAUAUUGAAGAGUAUUAUGUUUUAAUACAUGGUUUUUAUAACGAAAA